AUGUCUGCCAAAGGCGCGUUAGUUAAACUUGUAGUGGAAGCAGGCAAAGCGGCUCCCGCGCCGCCCGUGGGUCCAGCAUUGGGGUCAAAAGGAGUCAAAGCCAUAGAUUUCUGUAAAGAAUUUAAUGCACGCACAGCUCAUUAUGAUUCAAGUGUAGGUGUGCCAAUACCAUGUCUAAUUAAGAUUAAACCAGAUAGGACCUUCCAAUUUGAGAUAAAAUCUCCAGUAACAUCAUGGCUAAUUAUGAAAGCAGCUGGUAUAACCCAAGGUUCGGGAAACGCAGGUAAAGAGAAAGUAGGCAAGAUUAGCUUAAAACAUGUUUGGGAAAUAGCCAAAAUCAAAUCAAAAGAUGAACGACAUAAGGGCCUUGAUAUGAAGGCUAUUGUUGGUAGUGUAAUUAGUACGGCAACUGCUAUUGGUGUCGAAGUGGUUCCUUGA